UCGGUCUAUAAAGCCACUAGAACUUCACUUCCACCAAACAUUCGCUCGACAAUCCGUCACUCAUUUGCUCUCACCAUGUGGCUGCUUAUCCUUGCAGGCCUCUUGUCAAUUUCCGUUGGAGAGGAGACCGUUUCUAGCAUCCCUAAAAAAGCGGUGUCAUCGACGGACAGUUCCGAUGACAUUGUUUUGUUAGAAAUAGAUGUUAAAGAUCCUGUCAAGAGAUCACCAGUUUCAAGCAGCGCCGUUUAUGGAGCUUCACCUAGCCAAUUCGUCAUUCGACACGGUGAUGAUUCUCAAGAGUUGUCGCCUGAAUACUUAGCUGUUUUGCGACAAUUCACCGGAACUGAACCACAGGCGUUUGCUACAAAUCAAAAUAACGCACCCCAGCGUAGGCCUCUUCCACCUUACGCCAAACAACAACAGGCAUUACAACAGGCAUAUUACAAUUAUCGCAAACCUGCCGUGGUGCCUCCCAGACCAAGACCACAGUUACAUCCUCAAGCAUUGGUUCAGGCCGAAGCUGUAGCGCAAGCUCAGUCGCAUGUCGACGCACAGAAUCGUGCCGUAGCAUUGCAGUCGAUACGCGGCCCAUCCGGAGCUUCCACGUAUCAAGUGGAAUCUUAUACUUCACCGAAAUUGGGAACAUUUGAGCAAGAAUUGCUACAAUUAGUAUCUGCCAAUCAGGCCCAAGAAUUUAAUUUGAUUCCGACGCGCUCUAAAACCGGCUAUCCGCAGCAAGGGUACAUCAAAUCAUCAGCGGCACCUACGCCUCAAUUGCCUGAACAAUACCAUAUUGAGACUAGUCCGCCCCCUCGUUAUCCACCACAACAGCGAGUGGCAGCAACGUAUCAAACGAUUGAACAACCAGUCCAGGGUCAAUACCAAACACCGCAAGCAGAUUAUUCGGUAAAGGGAGUUCAACCUUUUAGACCGUCUCCACAAUAUGAUUAUGUAGACACUGGUGCCCAGCAAGCACAAUCUCAGGCGGAAGCUGAAGCGAAUGCGAGGGCUCAAGCUCAAGCCGAGGCGCAAGCUUUAGCUUUUCAAAAAAUCGCCCAGGCGUCAUAUCAGAAACAUCAUGACGCCGCUAUAGAACAGAUCAGAAUUGAUCACGAGAGAUACAGACAACAGAGUGCUUUAGAACAACUUCAACAAGGGCAAGCCGUUAGCGAUGCCGGACGAGCUCACCGUGAAGGUCUACUGGAACCUAAAGAUCCAGAAGCUGCAUAUAGAGCGAAAUUAAAAGCGCAAAUGGCUGCCGAAGCUGCCGAAGCCAGAAGAAUUCAGACGGAAGCUGAAUACAAGGCCCAUGCCGAUGCUAUACGCCAAGUCGAAGCACAGCAGCAAGCUCAAGUAAAGGCUCAAGAGAAGGCUCAUCAUGAUGCUUUAAACUUUGAAAGAAAUCAGUUGCGUGCUCAAGCUCAAGCUCAGGCGCUGGCGCAGGCUCAGGCCGAGGCAUUGUACAAAGUCUAUCAGCAGUCACGUGCCAAAGCCAACAAUGAGAUUUUGGCAGCUGCCAGAGCCCAGACGGAGGCUAAAAAAGUAGAUCCCGAUGGUACACCAGUCAUCCAGUAUCUUCUUCCUAGUACUCCCAAAUUGCCGCCACCUAAUAGUUACUUUACUAAUGAUGACGUAAAUAAAUAUCAGGCUUCCGGCUCCACCUUUGCUCCUAGAUCUGUAGCUAAACCUGAAUCAAGUGAGUCUCAAGAACAAGCUUAUGUUCAACCUGUAAUCAAUCAACCUCGUCAAGUGCACAAACUCAAAGUUCCUCAGACUCAGUCCUCCAUCUAUGUUUCUCAAUCGGGUCUCUUGAAAAAAUCGCCGGUUAAGUCUCUCACCAUCGAAGAGAUUGUCGAUCAAGGACAAUUAAAUAACCCUCAAGUUGUACGCAUUCCCUCUGCUAAGGAUCAGCAGCCUCUGACGCAGGAAGAAUUGUCCACUUUAAUUAAUGCUGGUUACAGCGUCACUCCCAUACCUCAGACAGUGAAGCCGACUCAACAAAGUUAUGUACCGGAGAAUACAUCUGCUGUGUACUAUUUGAAGAAACAGCGACCGACUGUUAGACCUGAAUACGUUACGUACGAGGAAGUCUUACCGCAAUCGCGAAGACCCAUCAGAAAAAAUACAUCAGUCAAACAAGAAGACGCUAAUGCUAGUGAAAAGAUCACUUAUUUAGUACCCUUAGAGCCCAGUUUUGGCACUAGACAAUCAUCACUCAGAAGUGAUGAGUGAUCGGUUUUGUCUUUAUCGUUGUCGUUAUUAAAAAAUGAAAAAUAGGAAAUUUAGAGAAACCUAAACGUGAUUGUAUUCACCUAAAUUUAUUUGUUAGACAUCAGAUGGCAUAUUCUCUUUCUUUCUCGAUUCAAAUUUGUAUAAAUGAUAAUUCAAAAACCAGUCAAAAGACACUUUUAAAUACAAAUUCUUCUGAUUUUUCCAUUUUUCCUUAAUUUUAAUAAUUUUAUUUUUCUACUAAUUAAACAUAAAUAUAUUCUAUUUAACGAUUCAACGAUUAUUUUUAAUUUUUUUUAUUAUUUUGUGAUUCUAAUCAUUUGCGUUUUAAAUUUAUCUUUCAGUAUUAGUUCGAAAAUUUGGUAAAAAAGAUAUUAGAUUAUUUUUUAUUAUUUCAAUUUUGGGCGUUAACAUUUUUCAAAUAAUAUUAAAUAGAUUAAAAUAUUUUAUACAAGUUAUAUUAAUUAUAAAUAAUUUGCAUACAUUAUAAAGUCAAAAAAAAGAAACAUUCAUUUCGUAAAAUAAACUUAUAAAUAUAUUAUAACAGAUUUUAGAAAAUUUAUUAGAACACAUAUAUAGAAAAUAUAAAUCUAAAAAAAUAUUUUCUUGAUGUAUAUGACAACAAAUGGAAUGUAAUUUAUAAUUACGAGGAUUUUUCAAUAAAUCCACUUUGCGCGAUAUUAUCUAAGAGAUGGUAAGUGCGACGGUGCUAAGUCGAAUGAUUAUUAAUUUAUACUUUUUUGUAAAUAUUAGAAUUUUAACUAAUAAAAACACUUUAAAAUUUU